UCUGUGCGGGAGCUGGUUCCACUACGUCAGCUCGACCCGUGCUGGUGAACAUGUCUGCUCCGGGUCCAGGACCAGGACCCGGACCCGCCUCGGGACCCGGGCCCGGGGCCUCCAACCCGAGGAAGUUCAGCGAGAAGAUCGCGCUGCACACGCAGCGUCAGGCCGAGGAGACGGCCGCCUUCCAGGAGGUCAUGAUGGACAUCACCUCCACCCGGCUCCAGGCUCAGAAGCUCCGUCUCGCCAGGAGUCAGGGUCCGUACUACGGCGGCUCGCUGCCCAACGUCAACCAGAUCGGCAGGAGCCCUCAGGACUUCCAGGGCUCCUUCCCCUCCACGCUGGAGUCCAGCCGCUCCACUCGCCACCACGGCCUGGUGGAGCGAGUCCAGAGGGACCGCCGGUUCAUCUCGCCGGUCCGGCCGUACCGGAACCGACCGGUGGACAACUCACCGUAUAACUCCGCCUACCUGUCCCCGCCUCCUGACCCCAGCUGGAGAAGGAAUUGGUCUGGAAACUUCCCCGGGGAUAAAAGCCACUCGUUCCGUCUCCCCACCACUGCUCUCAACAGGACCAACUCCGACUCAGCGCUCCACACCAGCGUGAUGAACCCUCCCUCAGGAGACCCCUUCUCCACAGGAGGACCCACCUUCAUCCCCCAGAGCAGCCGACGCUCCGGUCAGAGUGAUGGUGAGGGCAGAAGAAUGUUUCCGUACCCGGUUCCUCCGAUUGAAGAGAACGUGUUGGACGAGGGGAAACUGCUCAAACCCUGGGACACAAAGAAGUUGCCUCUGUUGUCGUCCCGACCCAAAUCCUGUGAAGUCCCUGGUAUCAAUAUCUUUGCUUCCCCGGAGCAGCCGUCCACGCCGGUUCACGGAGUCCCGUUGUCUCUGAACACCGGCGGCUCACUGCCCGACCUGUCCAGCCUCCACUUCCCCUCGCCGCUGCCCACGCCGCUGGACCAGGACGAGCCCGGCUACCCAGGAUCCUCCUCUCUGAGCGGCGGGAGCAGCACCGGGAACCUGGCCUCCACUCUCACGCAGCUGGGCAUCAACGUGUCUGGAGGCAACGGCAACUUCCAUCACCAUACACCAGGUCUCCUGGCGUCUCUACAGAGCACGCUCAGUAGCCCCUCCCUGCACUCGUCACUAAGCAACCCCAACAUCCAGUCGUCGCUCAGCAGCCACUCCUUUUCCAACUCUCUGAGCUCCGCCUCUCUGCACUCGUCGCUCAGCAACCCGUCGCUGCAGUCGUCCCUGAGCUCCUCCCCCUCCCUGCCGUCCUCCCUCAGCAGCCAAUCGCUGCACUCCUCCCUCAGUAACUCCUCCCUCCAGUCGGUGUCCAGCGGUAACCCCAGCUACAGCGGUGGAAUGGGCGGCGGCUCGGGCUCUUGCUCCUCCUCUUCCUCGUCCUACUCGCCGCUGCUCAGCGGGCAGGGGCAGGCGUCGCUCAGCACGUCGCCACGGAGACGAGCGCAGCUGUCUCCACUCAUCCUGCCCAUGGGGGGGGAGUCGCGGAGGCAUCACUCCAAACAGUUCUCCCCCACCAUCUCCCCCACCCUGUCCUCCAUCACACAGGGCGUCCCACUGGACACCAGCAAACUGCCUCUGGACCAGAGGCUUCCUCCGUACCCGCUGAGCCAGUCCCACCAGCAGCCUCCUCCGCUGGGGCAGCACCACCACCAGCAGAUGCACCACCAACGCAUGCAGCAGCAGCAGCAGCAGCAGCAGCCACAAUCCAUGCAGCAGCAGCAUCCACAGCAGCAGCAGCAGCCACAGUCCAUGCAGCAGCAGCAGCCACAAUCCAUGCAGCAGCAGCAUCCGCAGCAGCAGCAGCAGCAGCAGCAGCAGCAGCAGCAGCAGCAUCCGCAGCAGCAGCCACAGUCCAUGCAGCAGCUCCACCUGCAGAACCUGCGGAACCAGCACAUGCAGCAGCACUUUGGAUCGCAGAAGCCGAUGGGGCCGCAGGGGAACACAUCGAGCACCGGGCUGAUCAAGAGCGAGAGCGCUUUGAGUCAGUGCCUCCAGAGCAUCCAGAGCAUCCAGAGCAUCCAGAGCAUCCAGAGCUCGUCCCAGUGUCACGUCAAACAGGAACCCGAGCAGCAGGCGGAGCAGCAGCGAGGCUGCGGCCUCCAGCAGCUGCAGCAGAUCAACCAGAGUCUGGCCACAGACCUGUACAACGACGCCUUGUUCAACUCUCUGCUGGACGACCCGUACCUGAGUCUGCAGCUCUCCAGCAAAUCCAGCCAGCAGUUCACAGCAGAGAACCAGGGCGACGGGUUGUCCCUGAACCACAGCGGCCUGAGCUUCGGCUCCACAGACAAAAACCAGUUCCCCUCCAGCACCCAGGGGCCCCUGGGACUCCAGAACCCCAGUGACCAGCAGCUUCUCAACAACCAGAACCAGAACUACAGUGGAGGAGACGGACGCCACAACGUCCCCAACAUCAUCCUCACCGGAGAUUCUCCGCCCGGUCUGUCCAAAGAGAUCGCCAGCGCCCUGUCCCACGUGCCCGGCUUCGAGAUGGAUCCCUUCUCCCUGGACGACCCGCUCAGGAUGGACCACCUGGCUCUGGACAUGCUGGAAGGAGACCUGAUGCUCGCCGACCCGGCGGUGGAGGACUCCUUCCGAUCUGACCGGUUGAAGUGACCCCCCUCCCC